AUGCCAUUUUGUCGUCAUGGGCACGGUGGUCUAUGCUGUAGGCUGUACGUGUGUGCAUACCUAAGCAAUCCAAUCACCCAAGGUGGACAGUACUGUGCGUGCAUCCGGUCGGGCUAUAAGAAGUCUCACGAACCGGAAGAGCACAGCCAACACAACAUCAUGGUUCUCACCAUGGACGACGAUCUUGUCUACCUGUGCUCUGCUUUGGUCGUGUCGGUGUUAGCCAUCGCGGCUGUCCAGCUCCUGAAGCCGCGACCACGGCUGCCGCCGGGGCCGCUGAACCUGCCGGUGAUCGGGAGCGCGCACCGGCUGGUGAACGCGCUGCCGCACCGCACGAUGCGCGAGCUGGCCGGCGUGUACGGCCCGCUCAUGUACCUCCGCGUCGGGCACGUGCCCGUGGUGGUGGUCACCUCCAAGGAGGUCGCCCGCGAGAUCCUCAAGACCCACGACGCCAUCUUCGCCACCCGGCCCAAGCUCAUGUCCGGCGACAUCGUCGCCUACGGCUCCACGGACCUCCUCUUCUGCCCCACCCCCGGCGACUACUUCCGCAAGCUCCGAAAGCUGUGCGUCCAGGAGAUCCUGAGCAACGACCGCAUCCGCUCCUUCCAGGACGUCAGGGAGGACGAGGUUCGCAGCCUCGUCGAGGACAUCCGGGCGGCCGGGCCGUCGGCGCCGCUGGACCUCAGCAGGAAGAUCUACAAAUUGACGAACGGCAUCGUCUCCCGGGCGGCGUUCGGCAUGAAGAGCAGCAAGGCCGAGGACUUCGUGGCGGCCAUCAAGCACAGCUUCGUCUACAGCACCGGCUUCUCCAUCCCUGACCUCUUCCCUGGUUUCACGGGGAUCCUCAGCUUCCUCACCGGCAUGAGGAGGAACCUCGAGGGCGUUCGUGACACCAUCGACGGCAUCCUGGAGGAGAUCAUCGACGAGAGGGAGAAAAUCCUCAAGAGUGGCAGGUCAACCGCGUCGGAGAAGAACCUGGUGGAAGUUCUCCUCGGCCUCAUUGGGAAUGAAGACUUUGGCUUCCCCAUCACCCGCUCCACUGUCAAAGCAGUUGUCCUGGACAUAUUUGCGGGUGGGACAGAGACAUCAGGAACCUCCAUGGAGUGGGCCAUGUCAGAGCUGAUGAUGAACCCAAAGGUGAUGAGGAAGCUGCAAGGCGAGAUCAGGGAGGCGUUCCGCGGCAAGGAGUUCAUCUCCGAGACCGAUCUCCGGGCGAGCGGCAGCUGCAUCAAGUACCUGGGCCUGGUGAUCAAGGAGACGUUCAGGCUGCACCCACCAGCCCCCAUCCUGGUGCCUCGAGAGAGCACGGAGGCCUGCGAGAUCAACGGGUACGUGAUCCCGGCCAAGACGAGAGUGAUCAUAAAUUCAUGGGCCAUCAUGAGGGACCCUCAGUACUGGGAAGACGCUGAGGAGUUCAGGCCAGAGAGGUUUGAGGGGAGUCGCAUGGACUUCCAUGGCGGCUGCUUCGAGUACACGCCGUUCGGGUCCGGGAAGAGGAUGUGCCCCGGCUUCAACUACGGCAUGGCUAGCAUGGAGCUCACCCUGGUGCAGCUCUUGCACUCGUUCGACUGGAGCCUCCCGGAGGGCGUCGAUCGACUCGACAUGACCGAGACCGUGUCGCUGAGCUUGACCAGGAAGACGCACCUCAUGCUGCGCGCUGUCCCUCAUGCACCACCGCCUUCCUCCUAA